AUGGCAUCGGAAUUCGAAGGCAUCAUGCCUAACUGGAAGGAGAUUGUCAACAAGAAGCUCCGUUUCCCCGAGGGCCUGCUGGCCGCCAUCCAGGACGGGCACCUGGUGCGAGUCCAGCAGCUCCUGCAGGUGACUGACGGGGUGCUCCGCCAGCUGGACGAGGCCGAGGACCGGUCGUGGCGAGAGGCCCUCAACUUGGCCAUCCGGACGGGCGGCGAGGAGAUGACCAGGACCCUCCUACGCAUGGUCAAGUUCAAUUUCCGCCAGGUCCAUGAGGCCCUGCUGGUGGCGGUGGACACCAACCAGCCGGCGGUGGUGAAGCUGCUGCUGGACCGUCUGGACCAGGAGAAGAGCCUGAAGGUGGACACCAAGUCCUUCUCGCUGGCCUUCUUCGACAACGCCAUCGACGACUCCCGCUUCGCCCCCGGCGUGACCCCGCUGACCCUGGCCUGCGAGAAGGACCUCUACGGGAUCGUGGUCACGCUGCUGGGCAAGGGCCAUGCCAUCGCGCCGCCCCACAAGGUCUCCUGCGCCUGCCUGGAGUGCUCCAACGGGCGCAAGUUCGACCUGCUCAAGUUCUCCUUGUCGCGCAUCAACACCUACAAGGGCAUUGCCAGCCGGGCCCACCUCUCCGUGGCCAGCGAGGACGCCAUGCUGACCGCCUUCAAGCUCAGCCGGGAGCUCAAGCGCCUCUCCAAGAAGGAGCCCGAGUUCAAGCCGGAGUACCUGGCGCUGGAGCAGCUCUGCCAGGAGUUUGCCUUUGAGCUGCUGGGCAUGUGCCGCAACCAGAGCGAAGUGACCGCUGUGCUGAACGACGACAACGGCGUGGGGGAGGCCGAGGAAGAGGAGGGGGGCGCCCUGGAUGACCAGGCCUUCGAGGAGGGCAUCCCCAACCUGGCCCGGCUACGGCUGGCCGUCAACUACAACCAGAAACGGUUCGUGGCCCACCCCAUCUGCCAGCAGGUCCUCUCCUCCAUCUGGUGUGGGAGUCUUCCCAGCUGGAGGGGCAGCAACAGCCUCUGGAAGGUCUUUGUCUCCUGCUCCAUCUUCCUGACCAUGCCCUUCCUCUGCCUGGUCUACUGGUUCGCCCCCAAGUCCAAGGUGGGCAAAAUGCUGAAGAUCCCGGUGAUCAAGUUCCUGCUUCACUCGGCUUCCUACGUCUGGUUCCUGGUCUUCCUUCUGGCGGAGUCUCUGGUCCUGGAGCAGAACCACGGGGCCUUUUCGGGACGCAACCAGAGCCUCCUGGAGACCUCCCUCCACAUGAUUUGGGUGGCAGGCUUCUUCUGGUUCGAGUGCAAGGAGGUGUGGAUCGAGGGCCUGCGCAGCUACCUGCUGGACUGGUGGAACUUCCUGGACGUGGUCAUCCUCAGCAUGUACCUGGCCUCCUUCGUGCUCCGGGUCCUGAUCUUCCUCAAGGGACGGGUCUCCUGCCAAGACGGCGGCGCUUCCUCCCAGGAGUGCCAUUACUACACCCAGGCCGUGCGUGGGGAGUGGCGGGCGGAAGACCCCCAGUUCCUGGCAGAGGUGCUCUUUGCGGUGACCAGCAUGCUGAGCUUCACCCGCCUGGCCUACAUCCUGCCGGCCCACGAGACCCUGGGCACCCUCCAGAUCUCCAUCGGGAAGAUGAUCGACGACAUGAUCCGGUUCAUGUUCAUCAUGAUGAUCAUCCUGACGGCCUUUUUGUGCGGGAUGAACAACAUCUAUGUUCACUACCAGGAGUCCAAGCGGCUGGGAAGCUUCAACGAGACCUUCCAGUUCCUCUUCUGGACGAUGCUGGGCAUGGAGGAGCACAACGUGGUGGACAUGCCCCAGUUCUUUGUGGCCGAGCUGGUGGGCAGGGUCCUCUACGGGGCCUUCACCAUCAUCAUGGUGGUCGUCCUCCUCAACAUGCUCGUCGCCAUGAUCACCAACUCCUUCCAGAAAAUCGAGAACGAUGCAGACGUGGAGUGGAAGUUUGCCCGCUCCAAGCUCUACUUGUCCUACUUCCGGGAAGGCCUGACCCUGCCCGUCCCCUUCAACAUCCUCCCCACCCCAAAGGCCGUCUUCUUCCUCCGCAGGGGCCUCUUCCGCUUCCUUUGCUGCUACAACCCAAGCGGGCCGCAGAAGUACCCUCCCAUUUCAACCAUCUCGAACCCGUCCAUCGAAGAAGGUGCCCUGCGGUCCGAAACCCGCCUCUCCUACCGGCGCCAGGUGCUGAAGGCCUUGGUCCAGCGCUACAUCGACACGGCCAGGCGGGAGUUCGAGGAGGGACGCAGAAAAGACCUGGGCAACCGCCUGACGGAGCUGAACAAGUCGGUGCUGCGCCUGCAUUCGGAGGUGAAGCAGCUCCGGCGGUCAGUGGCCGCCAGUUCCGUGGCCACGAACCCUUUGGACGGGGCCAGCGUCCUGCGCAGGUACAUCAUGAAGGUGCGCAACAGCUUCCAGAGCUACGACUCCCACGACCCGGGCAGCUCCGGCCAGGCCUCUCCCGAGGAAGCCGUGGUGGUCCACCAGGAGGAAGAGGAAGGAGGCCUCCCCAAAGAGGGAGCGGACCCCCCAGAAAGCGCCACAGGAGGGGAGGAACCCCCAAAGGAGGAGGCCCCGGCGGAAGAGCCCGAUGUCCCCCAAAGCGGUCUAUGA